AUGAAAGAACUCAACCGAAAAAUGCGGGAAGCAGGAACUGUCCGUCAUGAAGAGAAGCUCAAAGUUGGGUCAGAAUGGCCAAUCUUUCGGGUACAUCAUAAAAGAUCAAGAUACAUAUGUGACUUGUAUUUUAAGCGAAAAGUCAUUUCAAAGUGGAAGAAGCAAAUCUUUGAAAAUCUGUGCUGUCUUCUGUAUAAUCAAGGAAGGGAUACAAACUUUGGCACAAGUUAUGUUUGCAGAGUUACGAAGUCAAGAUUAGAAGAAGAGAAAGGGAUGAAAUGCCAGAACUGUGGAUGUCGCAGUUGUUCGGGUUCAAGUCAUCUGUAA